UUAUGUUUAUUGUUUAAUAUUAUACUAUUAUAGUUUUGAUUUUGAUUUUUCCUUUUUUUUUUUUUUGUUUAGUUUUGCUUGAAAUUUUAGCAAACUUCCAGUAUAAGAAAAGUAUUAAUGUUAAAUUGUUGGUACAUUUAUAAUCAAGAGAAUAAUAGGAGAAUUCAGUUUUUUAAGCUUUGAAAGAAUAUUUAUUAAAUAUUUUUUUGAAGUUCUUGUAAUAUAAUUGGAUUUAUGUCAAGUAUUGAAUUAAUGAUUCAUAUUGUUUGACAAUUAACCACAGCGAACUGGUUUGUCUGCCUGACCCCCUCCAGCAUUACUGUGAAGUGUGUACUGUGUAGUGUGUAUACCUACUGUACACUAGUGUCCAGUUAAUGGUAUCGAAGUGUUGUUUUACAAACUUCUAUAUUAGUAAAUCAAUUACUUUUUGACUUUCCGAUCGUUUUGGUUGUAACUGUUGUAUUUUUGUGUUGAAUCAAAACAUAAAAGCAUCUACCGCCUGACUAAAGAUGACUGGACGUGCAUUACAUUUCGUGUUCAAAAUAGCCGAGAGAACCAAAACCAUGAAGUUUUAUAGAGAACUUUUGGGAAUGAAAGUAUUGAGGCAUGAAGAAUUCACUCAAGGCUGUGAGGCAGCAUGUAAUGGCCCAUACGACAAUCGUUGGAGUAAAACUAUGAUUGGAUAUGGACCAGAAGACACUCAUUUUGUAAUUGAACUUACUUAUAACUAUGGCGUUGAUGAUUACAAGCUUGGAAAUGAUUUCCUUGGAAUAACAUUAAAAUCUUCAAAAGUAUUACAAAAUGCUAAAUCGCUCGGUUGGCCUAUUGAAGUUGAGGAUAAUAUGUCCUAUGUUGUUGCUCCAGGAGGAUAUAAAUUUUAUGUGAUUGAUGAACCUCAACCUAUUGAUAAAGAUCCUGUUGUAAAUGUCAUGUUAUCAUCUACAAAUUUAACCAAAUCUAUGAAAUUUUGGAACGGUAUACUUGGCUUAAAAAUUUUCAAUCAAAAUGAAUCUUUAAUUGAAUUAGGAUUUGACGAGGAUCAAGCUAAAUUGAAGUUAAGAGAUAUUGGAGAGCCAAUUAAUCAUGCCACAGCAUAUGGAAGAAUAGCAUUUUCAGUUCCUACAUCUGAUUUAAAAAGUUACCAAGAAAAUGCUGAAAAUAAUCAAUAUAAAAUUUUAACUCCUUUCGUAACCUUAGACACACCAGGAAAAGCUUCAGUGUCAGUGGUAAUUUUUGCUGAUCCUGAUGGACAUGAAAUAUGUUUUGUUGGAGAUAAGGAAUUUCGCGAGUUAUCUCAGUUUGAUGCAGAUUCAGAAAAGCAAUUAGAUAAGUAUAUUGUUAAAGAUGAGGCAAGAAAAUUAAAAAAUUAAAUAUUCGUGGUUACAACAUAAUUUGUGUUUCUAAAUUUAUAAAAACAACAUAAUAUUUUUGUAGUUUUAUAAAUUGUUAUUCAUAAAAUAUUAUUAAUUAUAAUGGAUUUAUUUAUUUAAAAAUUAUUUAGUAUAUAUAAUAUAUCUUGUAUAAAAUAUUGUUGAUUUAUUAAAUAUAAUUCAUAUAAUUAUUCUAAAACCUUAAUUUGAUGUUCAAAAAAAAUAUAAUAUUUAAUUAUUGGUA